AUGGAAAUCGAAAAUAAUAGAUUAAAACCUAACAUUUUGGUUACUGGAACACCCGGAGUAGGAAAAAGUACAUUAGGAAAAUUGUUAAGUGAACAUAUUGAGGGUCUUUAAUAUGUUGAUGUUGGAUUAUUAAUAAAUUAAAAGAAAUUAUAUAAGUAAUGGAAUCAAGAAUUUAAUGUACCUGAAUUUGAUUAGGAUAUGGUAUGUGAUGAAUUAGAAGAAGCUAUGCAAACUGGUGGAAUGAUUAUAGAUUUUCAUACAUCUUCAUUCUUUCCUGAAAGAGUAUUUAAUUGAUAUAUAUAUUUAGUGGUUUGAUUUGGUUGUUCUUCUCAGAACCAAUAAUACUGUUCUAUAUGAUAGACUUAAAGCUAGAGGAUAUGAAGAAAAAAAGAUCACUGAAAAUAUUGAAUGUGAAAUCUUAGAUGUCAGCAAAGAUGAGGUGGAAAGGUUUAUUUAUUUAUUGUUAUUAUGUUAGCUCUUAUAAACAAAAUAUAAUUAUGGAAUUAAAUAAUGAAGAAGUACCUUAAUUAGAGUAAAAUAUAUUAUAAAUUAUUGAAUACUUAAAACAGUGGAAGCAACUCUUAUUGUAAAAAUAAUAGCAGUAAUAAAUCUAAUGA